UUAGGACCAGGAAACACUUGUGCUGUGUGUGAUUUCGAAGUUAAUGUUAAGUUGUAUGUGGCAGAUCACAAUUCUCAACAAAUUCUGUUUGUCUUGUGCAGUUAGUUGUAUCUCUAUAAUGCUUUAUACAGUACAGUAUUAUAAGUACAGUGAGUUGUCGAGACAUUCUGGGUCGAUUCAGUGGCACUGCAUUUGAUUCUCAAACAUCCAAGAAGUACAGCAGAAAAGGACGGAUUAUGUCUUCUGAAGCCCCUUGUAGUCACCACACAAACCAUUUCUACCAAGGAGUAAAAAACCAGCAUCACAUUCUGUAACUGUGAGUCUAACGCUGAAUGCCUCUUUAUUUGCAGUGAAUCUACAGUCAAAGGUCUCCAUCUGUUUCUCGACCAGCAGAAGUCCCGAUCCCAUUAACAGAACGGGCGGAUUUGGGUCGUUUGGUCCAGAAACACUGAGAUUAUAUGACUGAUAUAAAAGCUACGAUCAUAGCCGUUUAACCAGCUGGUUAGUGCUCACGUGUGACCAGUUAUCUGUGUUUUACAGCUCUUGUGUUGAUCUGCAUUUGUGCUGAACUGAGACCUGCAAUAACAGACAUAAAGCGAUUACACAGCCUGUGAACUGUAACUGCUGUUUGCAACGAUGAGCAAUUUGAUGAAUCUACUUUUAGCAAAAAAACAAAACAAAACACAUGUGCAGAUCAUGUUGUAGUUUUACACCCAGAAUGCAGCAGCUCAUAUGUGAGCGCUGAUGAACGCGAUCUGAGCCAGUGAUGAUGAUGAUGAUGGAGGACAAACGCUGUGCAAAUACUCAUCAGAACGAUUAACAGUGCCUUAAUAGCAGUGCUACCACACGUAUUGUUGGAUGGAAGAGUAAACACUAAACUGUUUUUGUUGCACUUAGGGUCAGGCCUGCAUUUUCAAAGUUUUAAAUAUGGAUAUUUUUUUACACAAAUGCAUUGAUUCGCUUCAGAAGGCUUUUAUUAACCCUCCAGAGCCGUGUGGAGGACUUUUUAUGAUGGAUGGAUGCACUUUAUUUUGCUUCAAAAUCAAACCCCAUUAUAAAGCUUGGAGGAGUCAGGACAUUUUUAACAUACCUGUAUAAUUCAAUAUAAUUUAAUAUAAGUGUUUUUUAAUAUAAUAUAUUUGUCUGAAAGCAUAAAGUCAUAUACACCUAGGAUGGCUUGAGGGCGAGUAAAUUAUGGGUUCAUUUUCAUUUUUGGGAGAACUAUUCCUUUAAUUGUCACAACAUAGUUUUUCUACAGAGGAAAAGUUAUUUUGAGAAGUGUUUGCACUAUGUCAACAUUCUUCAAAAUAUCUUGUGUUCAAGAGAAGAAACUCAUUCAGGUCUGGAGGGGCGUGAGGGAGAGUAAGUGAUGACAGAAUGAUCAUUUGUAGGUGAAUUAUCACUUUGAAACACUCUAGAGUAUGUACUGUGGCUGUAACCUGUGUAAACACACACACACACAGAGCGUUUGUGGAUCGGGACACACCUCGUCUUGUAAAGCAUCACGUGACUAAUAGUUCCAGCUCAAAUAGCGACGCUCGGCUCAGAUCAGGGCAGUACCUCGCGCCGCCUCCGCGUUCAUUCGUCAAACUCUAAUCAUUAACUCGCAGCAGAGCUUUCACACACGAGCGGAAGAAGUGGAGUCUAAAGCAUCGCUCCAGCAGAGACUGACACCAGCGAGCCGAGGUGAGACGCUCUGAUCUUCAUCAUGAAGGAUUCACAGACUUCAUGUUUCAAGUGGAACGCUGUGAUUUUGCGCUGUGCGAGUUUGAUGAUUAAUGGUCGUGAUAAGAGCGCAGAUAAACAGGACUAAAGUCAAUACGUCCGAACAGAGCGACUGAUAUCAUGGAGAAGAAUGAGGAAGUAGACUGGAAAAAACUGGAGCCCGGUCACGAGGUGAAGAUCUUCCUCACGGUGCUGUACAGCCUCAUCCUCGUCCUCGGCAUCGUGGGAAACAGCCUCACCAUCCACGUGGCGCAGGUGCUGCAGCGGAACGGCUACCUGCAGAAGAACGUGACGGAUCACAUGGUGAGUCUGGCCUGCUCCGAUCUGCUGGUGCUGUUGAUCGGGAUGCCCGCGGAGCUCUACAGCGCCAUCUGGUUCCCCUUCUCGUCCUCCUCCGGCGACGCCUCCUGCAAGAUCUACAACUUCCUGUUCGAGGCGUGCAGCUACGCCACCAUCCUCAACGUGGCCACGCUGAGUUUCGAGCGCUACAUGGCCAUCUGUCACCCGUUCCGCUACAAAGCCCUGUCCGGCGGCCGCACCGUGAAGCUCCUGCUGUCCGCGUGGAUCUGCUCGGCUCUCGUCGCUCUGCCGCUGCUCGUGGCCACGGGAACCGAACGACACGUGACCAAGGGCCUCCAGGGGCCGGCGCAGAACCUGACCUUCUGCACCAACCUGAGCCAGCACUGGGUGAUGUACCGCACCAGCAUCUUCAUGGCCUUCAUUCUCUAUCUGCUCGUCCUGGGCGGCGUGGCCUUCAUGUGCAGAGCCAUGAUCGCUGUUCUUCGGGCCCCGAUGGGAACCGACGAGUCCAGCCCAAACGGAGCCGAACGCAGGGUUCCCAAGCACGAGAGCGCCCGGGUGAAAGCGUCCCGCAAGCAGACCAUCCUCUUCCUUGUGCUGAUGGUGUGCGCGCUGCUCGUGUGCUGGAUGCCCAAUCAGAUCCGCAGGCUGAUGACGGCGGCGGUGCCCACGUCGGCGUGGACGGUGAGUUUCCUGAGCAGCUACGUGAAGCUUCAUCCGGUGGCCGACACCUUCUUCUACCUGAGCUCGGUGCUGAACCCGCUGCUGUAUAACCUCUCCUCGCGCCAGUUCCGCUCGGCGUUCCUGCAGACGCUGCUGUGCCGUCUAUCGCUGCAGCACAUCAACAGAAGAACACUGGAGAGCAGUCAGGCCUCGAAGAGCUCCGGCAACACGAUACGGCCCCUGCUGAGGCGAUCGCUAGACCGCAUACGGAUGGUUCCCGGUGGCAGAUCGACGCCUCCGUCGUCAGCAGAGAGUCCAAACCCUCCGGACCCCGCCGACCGGCCACCGAACACAGACGCGCUGACCUCUGAACCCCUGGACGACGAGAUCAACCAACCCACUGCACUGCCUAACGCUAACUGAUGGACUAACCAGCUGGAGAACACUGGUGAUCACUUUAAAUCCUAAUGAAAUCCUACACAUUAACUCGAGAGUCAUGCAACAGGGAACCUGUGCUAAAUCUGUUCUUAUCUACAUCACUGACGAUGUCUGACAUUCACUGUAUUUUAAUAAAGGAAUAUUUACAGAAACCUUGUGUGAGAAAAAAGUCAGAGCAAAACAAAUCAAAAUAAGAUCGCAGAUUCAUAAAAGAGAAUCAGAUUCAGAGCCAGAAAAAGAGCAAGAGUUUGCAAACUAUAAUCACAAUGCAGGACAUGAAGCUCAUGGGUCAUGAGGGUCUGAAAUAAGAGCGAGCGGAAAAAAAAGUCUACAGAAAACUUGCUCAGUCAAAAUAUCUGUUUUCAUUCCCAUCAUCUCUAACCUUCACCCAUCACAAAACAUACUAAAAUAUUAGUGAUGUCAAUGUGUUUGAAAAAGUUUUUUUUUUUCAGAAUAUACAGCUACUUCUGAAUGACUGUCAGUAGAGAAAGACUGUUUUUAGCAGCUGAGCCUAACUGACCCAUGUUAACCAGCUAAACCUGUAAGUGAGGUGAGGACGCCCUCUGCUGGUGAACUGAAGAGCACUGCUAUAACCUGAAAUUCACAAUGGACUUCAGCAUCACCUUUCUCAGCUGGACACUAAAUGCUAUAGUAAAUGCAGCAGCAUCAGAACUGAAUAAGGAUCUGAAUCUGAACUCAUUCGCUGUGAUGUUUAAUCAUGAAAGCUGCUGCAUCUGAGCUCAGUCGACAGAGAUUCACGGCCUGUAAUAAGGAGCUCGAAGCCCCUGAGCAACAGAGGAGACAUUCGAUGAGAUUGGCUCAUCAUUCAUCCUUUUUACUUCAUCCUAUCUGGACGAGCUUGUGUUUAAUAAAGCCAAACCAUGAUUAUUAACAAGAUGCCUGACAACUGUCAUCUGUAAUGGCAUUUUGCCACAUUAUGGAGGUACAUUUUACUGUUUCUACACAUCUAAACCACCGGGAAUCAAUCUGGGCUUUGGGGCUUUCAUGUUUUUUUUUUUUUUUUUUUUCCAUUAAUGAAAUCAUGAAAUGAAUUACAGUUACACACACGAAAUUACAAUGGCACAGUUAAACCAGAACAUUUACUGAACUAGUUACAUUUUAACUUUAAGACAAAUCGCUUGAUGUAUUCCCCACUUGUAAGUCGCUUUGGAUAAAAGCGUCUGCUAAAUGAAUAAAUGUAAAUGUAAAUGUACAUUUUCAAGCAUGGAAAAACAGUCUUUAACAUGCAGCAAAUGACACGCAAACAUCUGCAGCAUCAUUUGUGCUCGAUGAGCACACGCCGUAGGGUUACAGACAGCCCUGAAACAUCAUGGAUGUGCUUCAUCAGUCAUGCAGGUGAAAUGCUCUUCAGGAGCCUCAAACAAUAAAAAAACAAAAAAAAACAUGGCCGUUGAUGGUGGGGGCCUGGUCCCCAGUGACUGAAAGAUUUUACUUUUUUUUUUUUUUAAACAAAUAAUAUUUUCAGCUGAAAAGUAAAUGUGCAUACAAUGCAGUUAUUUUAAUUCAUUUUAAAAUGUUAUUUUGUAAAUAAAUUGAAAAGUCAAAUCAAACUUACUAAUGCCUCCCAA